AUGUUCAAGUCACCGGAAAUAUCCAAGCUGCUGGAAAUGUCCAGUCUCCUGGAGGUGUGCACACUGCUGGAGGUGUGCACACUCUCAGAGGCGUGCACGCCCCUGGAGGUGUGCACGCUAGUGAAGGUGUGCAGACCCCCGGAGGUGUGCGAGCCCCUGGAGGUGUACACAUUGCAGGAGGAUUGCUUCUCACAAACACCCAACACCGUCACCAAUGCCUCCGACCAGAAACAGCCCACUGGCCCCAACCACAGGCAGACAGCUUGGCUUGAAAAGGAACCUCCAUCUGAGAGGUGUUGGGAUAGAAAACUGUGUGUCCUGCCAGGGGAUACGGGAGGGGGGGUCAAGCCAGCAACCGACAGAGGUGGUCAGCGGAUCUUGGGAGGUUAUCGCACUUGCGAGCAGUUUGGGGAGAGGAAUCGGAGACUAGGACGAGACCAAGGAGCUGCCAAUCUGGAACCGACCAGUGGUGCCUGCAGUCAUAGGGCUGUUUGCAGUCAGGCAGCUGCCUGCCCAGGACCUCCUGCAGCACCUCCAGUCCAGCCAGCAGGUGGUUUGGAGACACCUCCCACUGUGGCCAGGCAUCAGAAGGAUCCACCUCAGCUCCAAGCUCUCCGUUGGGGCCAGCAGUCUGAUGCUAGCAAAAAGCUCUGGAUAAACGUAUCAGUUAAAACCAUGAAUGCCUUAUCCAUUGAUUCACAUACUACUGCUAUUGGUAUGCAGCUACUGAGACAUAAAAUGUCAGAGGUAGUGAAAUAUAUGCCAAAUGAUUCUACCAAGAAAGCAAUUUUUAUGUAUAUUAUAGAGCUUGAUAAAUAUAGUCAGCACAACUGGGCAGGAUCAAAGAUGUCAUCCCCAGCUACAAGGUCAAGCUCUGAUAGCCCCUCUCCCCAGUCUGGAUUGGAAACACAGCCUGCGCAGUCAGAUUCUGCUUUGCAACUUCAUCCAUUUCUUGCAGAAAGUUCAGAAGAGGAUGAAGAAAAUUCCACAAAAAAUCCAUUUAUGAUCCCUCCAGAUAUUGAUAUCUUCUCAAUAAGGGACAAGGAAAGACAAAAGGCUAAGGAGGAACGUGAAAAGAGGAAGACCAUGAAAAUACAUGAGAAAAUGACCUACUCCACUAAGAUAAAUGUAAAGCAAAAGGAGUUCAGGAAAGCUCUCCAGAAAGAGGAAGAAGAAGAGGACAGAAAACAGGCAACAGAAACAGAGAGACUGAAAGCUUUUCAGGAUAGUCUUUCAUGGAAGACAGCCCUUUCCAAAGGUCAGCAUUUAGAAAAAGAGAGCUUUCGUGACUAUGUAAACAACAGGAGACAAAUAUUUUUACUUGAGUAUACUAUGGCAGUAAAGAGGGAUGAGAUUCAGAGGCUGGAGUACUUCGCAAAGACGGAGGAAAGACGACUGGAAAAGGCUGAAUACCACCUGGAAAAGGAUGCUGUCAUGUUUGAUGAGUUCCUGAAGGAGAAUGACAAAAAUUCUAUUCAAGCCCUGAAAAUUGCUGAAAAAGAAACUGCAGCAAAGACAGAGAAAAUAAUGGAGAUCCAAGCGAUUACUUCACAAAUAAUGAACCUCGAAAGUGAUAUAUCCAAAUUUGAGGAUACUUUGCAGGAGUACAAGAGGUACAGGGACUUCCUCUAUCAACUGUCUCCAAAAGAAUGGCAGGAAGAAUACGCAAAAAAGCAUGCAAAAGAAAAGAAGUUGAAAACAGCUUCCAAAGUUAAAGAAGAAAGUGCCUCUCCUCGCACUACUGCAGAGAAGGGUAAGUGCCAAGGAAGAGCUUCCCACUCUUUGCUUGGAUACACCAGCUAUUUAGAUGCACAAAGCUCUCUGUUGUCUUCUGAAAGCUCGGAUUUCGGGUUAUUAUGUGAGAUCAGGCCAGAGUUCAAAGACUUUCUGAAACCUCUAUCAACAGUAAAACUAAGUUUAGUGGAGGAUCAAGAGAGUGAAACCUGCUCAGACGAGGAGGAUGAGCUGGAAUUGUAUUUUACUGACCCUCAGCAACUGCUGUCUAUUUUCACGGAGCUGGAGGAACAGAACUUAUCCCUCAUCCAGAAUUCCCAAGACAUCGAGGAAACAUUGGACGAGCUCCGACAAACUUUAAUCACCACAUGUAACAGGAUGGACCAGGAGAUAGAGCAGCUGAAAGAGCUUGCAGCCACUGUCAAAUCCUCUAUUGCCAAAGAAGAGGAGACUGCAGCAGAUCUGAAGCUCAGAGUUCGCGUCUUUUCCUUUGGAGAAUACAAAGCUGAUGUCCAGGAUAAAAUGCUUGCGAACUUGAACAAAAAGGUGCUGGAAGUCUAUCGCCGCUGCAUUGGAGAAAACGAGGCAAACCUAGGGACGUUGCAGAUGCUAGCAGUGAUAGAAAAACAGCUGGAUGACUUACUGGAGUGCCUAGAGAGAAUCCCAUCAGCAAAGAUAGAACAGGCUGAGAAAGCAAAAGAAAAAGAACGAAGGAUAAGGCUCAGAGAAGAAAAGAUAAGACAACAGAAGCUGCUACAGGAGGAAAGACUGCAACGGGCCCUGGCAAGAGCACGGGCAGACAUAAAGAAAAAAACUGGCAGGAGGCUGGUGUUUCGCUCCGACCCACCUGUCGAGAAGGAGAAGCAGCAGCAGACCCAAGAACAAAUGGAUGAAGAGAAGCAAGAACAGCUCUACUACUUUACCUGA